UCCACCCUUUAAUAUUAGCUUCUCAAACACUUCCAUCAAUGAGAAAAUGAAAAUUUUACAAGUAUUGGUCAUUUCACUGCAAACGAUCCUCAAGAUGAUCAAUUGACGUUCACAAUAGUGAACGCAGAGGCAAAGAUUUACUUCCUUAUUCAAGAUAAUUCGCUGUUGGUAAAGAAACGUUUAGUUUGGACACCUGUAUCAAAUAAUAUCUACACAAUUAAAAUCAAAGUAAGCGAUAAUGGUUCACCUGUUAUGUUUACUACAAAAAUUUUUAACAUUACUGUGUUGAACAUUAAUGAUCCUCCUUACGACAUAAAACUUUCAAAUAACGAAGUGUUUGAAAAUGUCAAGAUUGGUUCUGUUGUUAGUAAUCUAACAGCUAGAGAUGAUGAUCUUGGUCAAAAACCGACUGCAAAUUUAAACUGGGAGUUGGUCGACUCCGAUAUGGGUUACUUUAAGUUGCUAGGUCACCAGAUAAUUGUUGCAAAAAGUCUCGAUCACGAAGCAAAGAAUGUAUAUCGUAUAAAGGUGAAAUGUACGGACAGCGGUAACCCACCUAAAACUUCGUCCAUCCAAAGUUUGUUUAUUGUCGUGCGAGAUAGUAACCAUUCGCCAAAGUAUGUUAAUUUGACAAGUAAUCAGGUGCCGGAGAAUUCCGAUCUUGGGUCAAUAGUUGGCUACUUCGUCGCAAUUGAUGACGAUAACGACACGCUAAGAUUUGAAUUGAAAGAAAGCGAUGUUAUGGUUUGUACGAAAUUCGCUUUGCAAGGUGUUAAAAUUAACCAUCGUCUUCAAAAUAGCAAAUCUGUUAAGAUUUUCUCAACCCCCCUUGUUGUGAACGGUUCUUUUGAUUACGAAGAGGAGAAUGAGUACAUUGUUUGGUUAACUGUCACAGAUCCGGGGGGAGUGACGCGUAAAAAUUUUCGAAUUGAAGUAACCGAUGUGAAUGAGGCUCCAACGGAUAUUUUGAUAACUGAAAAUAUUGCAGCGGAAAAUUCUCCUUCUUUAACAAUGAUUGGAGAUUUUUUGGUGAAAGAUCCGGACGUAAAAAGUGUGCCACCUCAGAUCCACAUUUGCUCCCUCGAGAACUCUUUAAAUGGUGAUGAAGAUGAGUUUUGCAUUACUCACGAAACUGAUCGCAAUAUUCUUCGAGUUAAAUGGAAUGACCGUCUUGAUUUUGAAAGAAAAAAUGUAUACAAUAUCACUGUCACUUGUCGCGAUACUGGCUUCAGUAUUUCUAAAUUAUUCCAAAUUUUUAUCACUGAUGUUAACGAAGCACCAACAUCUCUUUAUUUAUCCAACUCAACUCUUCAAGAAAACUCUCCUAACACGACGUAUGUUGGUACUUUAACCGCUGAAGAUCCCGAUGGCUCCAAUCAAUCCUUUACGUACACUCUCGUUGACAAUACUGCAUCUUUUCUCGUUGGUGGAACCAAUCAUGAUGAAUUAUAUCAUUUGGGAUCAGUUGAUUACGAGCUUACACCAAGUUUAUUGGUGCACGUUAUUGUCACUGAUGGUGGUGGAUUGCAUUUUGAAAAGAUUUUUACCAUAACUGUUCUAGACGUAAAUGAUGCGCCCACGGACAUUGAAAUAAGAAAGGAUUCUUCAUUGACUGAAAACAGCGUUGAAAAUAUCUUUAUCAGCACUGUCGUUAUGAUUGAUGAGGAUAAAAACACAAAAACGUCAUGUAAACUUCUUGACUCCAGCGAGGAUCGAGUGAAACUAGACUUGCUCACGUUGCUUGUCGGUCCACGACCUACAGAUUAUGAAAGUCUGGAUUCUUCAAAAUCUUUAAAGAUAAAUAUCAGCUGUGAAGAUGAAUUUGGGAUGAGUAUCAAUAAGUUGUUUAUGAUCCCAGUCAAAGAUAUGAAUGAACCGCCAACAAUGAUGGAGUUGAUUGGAAAAGAAAUUCGUGAAAAUAUGAAUAACAGCUUCGUGGGAAUUGUGAAUAUCACAGAUCCGGAUGUGGGCCAGAGAUUUGACUGUAGAAUACUCAACAGCAGAGGAGCCAUUAACAACUCUUCUUUCUAUAUUGACAACAACUCUAACCCUCCAAUUUUAAAGACCCUUCGUCCUCUUGAUUUUGAAGACCAGCGUAUGAUAUAUAUCUUUAUUAAUUGCGAAGAAAUAUUAGCCAAUCCUAAUGAACUUGCAAACUCUAUCGAAAGACAGUUCAGAAUUGACGUUAUAGACAUAAACGAAUAUCCCGUUAUUCAUUGCGACACACCAUUCAUUGUGUGGCCGUCUUUCUCGCCUGGCUCGUCCAUCGGCCUGGUGACAAGUUAUGAUCCUGACAACGAACGGUUUUAUAAGUCCCAAAGAGAAAACAACGAUAACGCCACAGAAAUUCAAAAACAAUUAUUACAAUACAGUUUAAGAACGAAAAAUGUAACAUCAUGGCCUUUUGAUAUUACUAAUGAUGGAAUGCUUUACUUGGAAAAGUCUCUCUCUCCUCAACUAUACAACAAAUCAACGACAUUUCCUGUCCGUGUUAAAGACGAUGGAACAUUACUGGAACUAGUAAAUGACACAUAUCAGAUCAAAACAGGCGAGAUCAAGCAAUCCGUUAAAAACUGUACCGUUAUUAUUGCGACCAAUGAUACAAACUUGGACAUACAACUAAGCUCUAAUUCAAUAUACGAGAACGCAUCUUCUGGAUCUGUGAUUGGCUACUUCUCACUUGUACCUUCGCUCGGGCCGAAGGACUCGGUGACCUUUCACGUUCUGAAAGACAAUGACGGGGUUUUACCUCCUUUUGAGAUCAAUGGAAAUAUUUUAAGUGUGAAAAAGGACAAAAGUCUGGAUUAUGAACGUCUUCCGUCAGACAAAACUAUUCCGAUACGUGUCAGCGGUCGUGUAAGAAAAUCUGAAAAUAUUCUUGAAGUUUCUACAAAGAUUUUCUUGAUAAAGAUUUUAGAUGUCAACGAGAAGCCCACAUCAAUAUGUCUCGAGGCCUCUCGACAAGAUCAAGAUUGUUCAGUUCUUGGUGAAAUUUUUAUCGAAGAUUUGGAUUAUCCUCAACUACAAUGUGGCUUAAACAAGACACUUGAUCUGCAGCCGUAUUCUGCUAAUUUAUCUGAAUAUACUUGUCAUAUUGAGGAGGGAAAAGAUACUUUGAACGAUCUUAUUAAAGUGGAUGAUCAUUUUUAUGUUAAAAACAGGCCACCAAAAUUGUACGUAAAGAAAAGUAUAUUUAGUCGAGGACAUCGAUCCUACAAUGUUCCUAUUUUAUGUCGAAGUACCUUACAUCCACUUCAUGUCUUGUCAAAAACCCUGGUCGUUGAUAUUCAAGUUCCAGAUGAUGACAAUUGUCGUGACAGUGAGCUUUGUACCUCCUGUCCUCAGCCAACGUUCUGCAUAUCAAACGUUAAAGCUGGUGGAAAAUGUGUUAACGAGAGAAAUCUUCUAAACAUGACAGUUAACAUUUCUUCGUCUUUCUUUGAAAAAACUGGCUUUAAUGCUUCGUUUGAAAGCUAUGUAAAAAAUCUGAUCGAAGGAACGAGUAAUGGAAAAACUCUGAAGAAUUUAUUGCAAGAGUUUGAAGCUAAAAGUGUUGUUUCAAGAAAACGACGCAGUGUCAUACUCAGAAAUGUUUAUGUACAAUUGCUUUUGUACAUGAGUGAAGGAACAUCUACUAAAGUUGUACUUGCAGUUGUCGAUAAACUGAACUACAAUUUGAUCUUAGCCUCUGAUGCAUGCGCUCUGUUAAAAAACACUCAAGUUGAAUGUUUGUCUGAUUCUAACUCAUCCCCUGAGACACAAAACAAACAAAACAAAGACAACAAAGAAAACAAAGAAAACAAACAAAACAAGAAAACCAGUAAAUUUCCUCACUGGCAAAUUUACGUCAUUGUCGUUGGUAUUGUUUUUGUCGCCAUUGUUAUUCUUGUGAUCACGUGGAAAACACGAAAAGCCAAAAAGAGAGAAGACACAACAAUCAUGUAUUAUAAUCAAAACUCAGACGCAGUUGCAAUGGGUUCAGGCAACGAAACACCAGCUUUUAGCAAUGAAUACAUGGGUACAUCUGAGGAAAUACGUCAUUUAGAAGUUGAGUCUGUUUUUAAUCCUGUUUACGAUCAAGGUAAUUAUCAUAUCAAAGGCAAUGCUGAAAUGACUAAAGAAAUGUUAAUGCCACCUUAUCCAAUAAAUGAACCUCCACCUUCAUAUGAACAAAUUGACAACAUCAUUUAUGAAAGAGCAGAUGAGGUAAGGACAAAGGACAAUGUUGGCCAUGAAUGUAGCGAAAAUCCUCUCUAUGACUUUGGACUGCAAAAUACAUCACCUGAUAAUCCAUUGUAUGGUCGUAUAAACAAAGAAGAUGAUCCUUCCAAUGUUUUGAUGAGUGAAGAUGGACCCUCCAGACAAGUCAUGCAAAACCAGGUUUCCCCCGACGCAAUGGAUACUGAAUCAUACGAUGAUUUUAUGGAAGCUCAGACACCAACAGCCCAAGACAUAGCGUUUUUAAACACCAUACCUGGAAACACAGGCGAAAGUCAAAGUUAAAUUGAACAAUAAUCUGAUUGUGGUUUGUAUUGUUUUCAGUUUAAUUCCACACGAGAUGAAAGUAAAGAUGAAUAUAGAAACACCAAACAUGAAACAAUCCAUUUAGUUAUUCUUAAUAUUUUUGCCGUUCGCGCAAAAUUUUUAUAAUCUUGAGCACAACAUUUAAUAAGAUUACUGUGUUAUAUGCUAAAUUACACCUUAUACUAUAGCAUAUAUUAAACAAAAUUGACCGUUAUAUUUAUAUAUAAUUUAUUUACUUUUAUCGGUGCAAGAAUUUUGUCAGGAAAAUCAUCAAAUGAAAGUAAAAAUUUCAUUGUCAA